AUGACAAUACACGAAUCCCAACAAAUAAUUGACGAAGAUGAGGUAGCCGGUGUUUUUCUCGAGGAUAUCGGCUCUAGCUCGUCAUCUACAGGUCACAUAACGCCAGAAAAUCCAUUGUUCAAAGGAAAUGCAGCUCAGAACAAGUCAAUGAUGGCAACGGCGAUAAACACACAACAACAGUUUCCACUGAUCCCAAGCGAGAUUCAUUCGCCUCCAAGGCACGGCACAUUACCAGAGAGCUUCCAUGGAUCACCUGAACCAAUACGUCCUGCCGGUUCUUCGAAUCCCACAGGUCAAGCUUAUCACCUGUUGGGGCAAAUAUCAGAAAAUGAGAUUUCACAGGAGAGACCUGAUACUGUAUCGGAUGGAGAGAACGAAAAGGAAGAAGAGGCUACAAAAAAGAAGGCAUACUUUGUUCCAUGCUAUCCAGCGACAAGGCUUGUGUUCUGGAUUUCCACAAAGUGUUUUGAGCAGGAAGAUUUCGCAGUUGCCACUUGGAUGGGGUUUUGGGCAUUGCACAAUGUCACAUGCGCCAAUUAUGUUCUAUCUCCCAUGCGAGAUGCUGUUGCACUACAAGUUGGUGUGAAGAAUAUUCCCAAAUUGACCUUGGCUUCUAGUGUCUUAGCGUUCCUGUCAAGUGUACCGAUUGGAUGGUUGUUUGAAGCGCCAGACCCAGGCAGACGGAAACUAUGGAAGAAAAUGGGUUUGACGCGCGGAGAAACGCAGGGGACGAGUCUGGCGCUAUUCUACAGGUUCUUCGCGCUUUCUGUUUUGAGCUAUGCCGCUGGGUUUCAAAUUAUGGACUGGUUGCGAGACGGAAAGCUUUCGUGGUUACCAAUCCCUAGCUGGCUGGGAGCAGAGGCAUUGGAUUCUGAAUCAGAUCUUGUGACAAUCUGGGACUGGAUCCCUUUUUUGGUUUCGAAACUGGGGAAAGCCAUGUACAUAGCUUUCUUCUUGGUUGUUCACUUGAUGAAGCUACAUUCGAUCUCACUUGUAUGGGGAGUGACCACAGAAGCUAUGGAAUAUGAAGAUGUCGCACGCAAAGGUCAAGAACGGAAAUUGGGACCGAGGCCUAAGGUUAAGAGAACACGUUUGCAGAGGCUAGCAAUGGUUGGUUUCGGAGGCACACUUGGCGGCAUUUGGGGGAGUGUUUUGGCGUCGUCGAUGGCAAAUACUUUGGGAGUUUCGGGUCUGCUUAUCGUCUCCGCAUUUUUGUUGGAAAUCUCAGCGGAACUUUCAAUCGAAUUGGGCUUUAUCAUGAAGAAGCACUGGGAAGAACAGCAGAUAUUUAGGUCAUCGCAGGAUCUUGCUAGCCUGGAUGCAAGCAUGCAGCGGUCAGUUUCACUGGGAAGCAUGAAGCGGGUCGCUUCAGGAAAUAGUCUGAUGAAGAAGGUUUCAUCCAAAGAUUCAAUGAGCCAGUCAUCAUCGACAAAGUCUCUAAGCGACCUUGACAAAGCUCCACCGAGCCAAGCACCACCAAAAGACGAUGGCCAAAAUAUUGAUACGUUUACGCAACGGUUGCUACGAGGCAUCACUACCAUCUUGAAGUCGCGGCUGUUGAUGGCAAUUUUCACAUAUAAUGCACUUUUCGCAAGUACUAGCACCUUGCUGAGUUUCCAACGAGCUGAAUUGAUUGCAAACCGCAAAUCAGAUACUACCGUCAGCGCAGACACGGCUUUCUUGGCAAACAUCAACAUCGCUAGUUCUAUGGCUGUAUUUGUAUUUCAAGCAAGCGGGAUCGGGGCGGGGAUUGCACAAAGACUUGGUUCUCAGGGUACCCUUUCUCUCAUGCCUGCAGUGCGAUUGGUCGGAAUCAUUGGUCUCACAUGGUGGCACAGGGUGUCCAAUGGCCAAGCACCCAACCUAAUUUUGUUCUUGAUGUUGGACGAAUGUACACGUGUCAUAAAUCUGGCUGUGGCAAAACCUGUGCGGGAGAAUCUUUGGAGGGGACUCUCUAAUGAGGCACGGUACGAAGCCAAGCCCAUUGUCGACACUCUAGCAAAUAGGUGGGGAGCAGGAAGUGCUUCCUUCUGUGUAUCGGUAGUGAACAAAGCGUUCCUGUGGUUGGGACUUGCAACUCUGGGUGCAGACCCCAGUGUAUUUGGACUUACUCCGAACCUCUUCUUAUGCCUCCUAGUUGCGGCAUGGUGGGCUAUGGUGAGCCUUGAUUUAGGGCAAGUACGAAAGCGGAUCGACAUGGAGCUCAAGAAGCAUCAGUAG